UCAGAUUGGUGCAAAUUCGAGUCUUCCAAUAAGUAUAAUGGCGUCCUUCAAAUUUCUUCUGAUAACUCUCCUUGCGUUAAUGUUCAUCUGCAGCACUUCUGUAGAAGCAAGGAUUAAGCACCAUCAUCCUAGGCCAAGGCCGCCCCACCAUAAGCCGAUCCAUCACCAUCCUCCCAAGCCAAUCCAUCGUCCGAAGCCUCACCAUAGGCGCCAUCGCUUUUAGCUCAAACAUCUUCCUGUGAUACAUUUGAUGAACUACUUUGCUGCAUGAUCUUUAUAGAGCUUACUUGAAAGGCAAAAUACAUGUACGAUAUGAGUGCUUGACUAUGCAAAUUCAAAACAGUUACCAGUCUUCUUGCUUACAGCAGCU